AUGGAUUCCAAGCGCCGCAAGACCGGCGACCAGGAUGUCAGCGCCUUGAGGUUGGCGUCGCGCCAGAAAUACCUUGCCGAACGCGAAGCGCAACAACUCGCCCUACUCCGCCGCCAGGUCGCCGAAGAAGCAGAAGAGGAGGAGAGGCUGGGCAACAAGCUGAGCGAGAGAGAAAGAGCCGAGUUUAAGAAGAAUCGUCAGACCCUGGAACUGGCCGAGGCGCGAAAUGCCAUCGACGAUUCCGGUUCUGGCUUCCAAAUUCCCGACGCCGAGUACUCGAAUAAAAACGAAGCUCUUACUCGCAGACACAAGGACACAGAUGUCGAUUACAAGAGCGAGUAUUCAAUCUGGGAGCAAGAUCAAAUGUCUAAGAUAAAAAGUCAACAACCCAAGGCUGCCGAUACCCGAGAGCAGGACUGGGAAUACGUCUUCGAUCCAUCGCAGAACGUAGCAUACGAUGGACCUAUAGUAGACCUCGAGAAGCAGAGACUGGAGGCGCUCGUGGACGAAGCAGAGAAGCAUGCCGCCUCGAUCGAUGAAGUUCGCCGUUCAUUACCGAUCUACCAAUACAAGGAUGAAUUCAUAAAGGCCCUACAGACUGAGCAGAUACUCAUUGUCACCGCUGAGACAGGCUCCGGGAAGACGACCCAGAUGACCCAAUUUUUGCGCGAUGCUGGCUACGCGAAAAAGGGGCGGAUUGGCUGUACGCAACCGAGACGCGUGGCAGCUAUGAGUGUUGCUAAGCGCGUUGCAGAAGAAGCUGGUGUUCGUCUGGGUAAGGAAGUUGGAUACAAGGUCCGUUUCGAGGAGGCGUUCAGCGAGGCUACUGAAAUUGUUUACCUCACGGAUGGUCUUCUUCUGAAGACCGCUUUAACGUCCCCUCUACUGGAAGAGUACUCGGUCAUUGUACUGGACGAGGCGCACGAAAGGACCAUCGCUACGGACGUGUUGAUGGUCUUAACACGGGAGAUUACCCGAUGCCGACCGGAUUUUCGUCUUAUCAUCUCCUCGGCCACUCUCAACGCUCAAUUCUUCUCUUCCUACUUCGAUAACAGUUCAAUUUUGUCUGUUCCAGGCCGAACCUUUCCGGUCCAGAAACUCUACACGUCGUCACCGGAGGCCAACUAUCUGAGCGCGGCCUUAACUACGUUCUGGCAGCUACACGCCAGCCAGCCACAAGGUGAUGUACUCAUUUUCUUUACCGGAGAGGAUGAGAUCAUACAGGCCGCAGAGUCUAUCGAGUCUACUGCCAAAAAGCUCGGAAACAGAAUGGCCCCUGUCGUGGUAGCACCAUUGUACGGCGCUUUAGAGUCGUCCCAGCAAGCCGCGAUCUUCUCAGUCCCUCCACCUAACGCUCGUAAGGUCGUGCUCUCUACAAAUCUGGCCGAGACAUCUUUGACCAUAGACGGCAUCGUUUAUGUCAUCGAUUCUGGUUUGGUCAAACAAAAACGAUAUGACAGCAGACUUGCUACAGAGACUCUAUCUGUGGUACCCACCUCACAAGCUAGCGCCAAUCAACGUGCUGGGCGUGCUGGACGUACGGGUCCCGGACUUUGUUUCCGUUUAUACACCAAAUACGCGUUUUACAACGAAUUGCCGGCUCAGACAGAGCCAGAGAUACUACGCAGCAAUCUGGACAGUUUGAUACUUAUGCUGAAGUCCAUGAACAUCCACGAUAUCCUGAACUUCGAAUUUCCAUCUCCCCCUCAUGGCGACGCGAUGAUAGCAUCUCUAGAAAUGCUAUAUGCUUUGGGUUUUCUGAACAGUGAAGGACAGGUCACGAAACUGGGUCGAAAGGCUAGCGAACUGCCAUUGGAUCCGAAACUAGCGAAGGCUCUGCUGGCUGCUGACAGCCACGGAUGUAUUGAUGAGAUGGUCACGCUUGUAGCCAUGGUGUCCGAAGGGAAUACCUUGUUCUUUGCCCCAAAAGACAAGAAAGCUGCAGCAGACCUUGCACGCCAGAGAUUUGCAUCAGAGCAUGGGGACAUGAUUUCACUUCUGAACCUUUGGAACGAGUUUGAGGAGACAGGCUUCAGCAAAAGUUGGUGUCAGGAUAAUUUCGUUCAGUAUCGGUCGCUCAAUCGCGUGGGCGAUGUUCGAGAUCAGCUGUUCAGACUUUGUGACAAGGUCGAGAUAGAGAGGAGUAGCUGUGGGUCAGCUGAUCACGUCAAGAUCAUGAAGAGUUGGACUUCGGCAUACUUCGCCAAUACUGCCCGGCUGAACAAGGAUGGCAUGAGCUAUCGCUGCCUUUCCUCGCGCAAUCAAGUCUGGAUCCACCCAUCCUCCUGUCUGAGAGACAAGCGGCCACGUUUGGUAUGCUACUUCGAGCAGGUGGAGACUUCAAAGUCGUGGAUGCGUACUGUCGCUCCAAUUGAAGCAUCAUGGCUCAGUGAACUAGCUCCUCACUUCUUCAAUAAGGGACAGCUUGACGAUCUGGACGUCGGCAAGAAGAUGAGCAAGGGUGUUGGGAAGGUGGGUGUUGAUCGCUGA